AUGAGAGAAGUACGUGCGCUUGUACAUAAAAUUUUGCAUGUAGUUAGCAAAGAACAAUUGAAGUUGUUGAUUAGGCAUAAAUUCAAAAAUGUUUAACAGUGAUCAAUUAUGAUAGAAAAUAUUUUUGAAAAUCUUUUCAAAAUAUUUUUAAUAAGAAAUUAGAAUUUUUUUGGCAAGACGCGAUAUUGUUCCAGAGAAGAAGCCUAGAAGACGCAGGAUCAUUCAUCGACUAAGUCACUUGGUGCAAGCUGUAAAGACCGACUCCAUCUAUAGCACGGGCAUAAAAACUAACUGAUGCUAUCUAACAUGUCUCGCAAUAAAGACAAGUACGAAAACAAUAAACGAACUCACACUUUUAUGUCAAGAGAAGAGGCGAUUUCUGGCAAAUGUUCGCAGUUGUGUGGGAUUGAGAUAACCGGAGGAAUUAGAAACUUGAGUAUGGCUAUUUGGAAUCUGCAGCAUAUUACAGCCUUGUACCUGAAUGAUAACUGCCUGCAACGGCUUCCUGGUGAUAUCGGGAGAUUAGUAAAUUUAAGAACUUUAGAUGUAUCGAGUAACAAAUUAAGGAGCCUGCCAUCAGAACUAGGGGAACUAAUCCAGCUAAGGGAAGUAAUUUUAAAUAUCAUCACAUAUCACCAAGGUUGA